AGCGGUCGAUAGCUGUGGGGGCUGAAACACGCUCUUGGCAUCGAGGUGGCUGUGCCUCUCGAUGUCAUCGUGGUGCAGGUUCCAUCGCACAACUCAUGCUUGCACCAUCAUCAAGCGUUUAUCCUUUAACAGCAUGUAUAUAUCGUUCUCGCAACACAUAUCAAGUUCUUAGAGUCGAGCACGACUCUCGUUAGGUGUAGGAUGGGUGUUUGGUACAACGUGAGAUCCGACCUGAGACUACGGAAUCUGACCAUAUACGCACAAUGGACGUCUGUCCUUGCGACAAUGUUGUUCUAUGUCUCAGCGUUUUACGGCUUAUUUAAUUACCUCAAUCAUCUCUUCGCCUUGCCAUCCAGUUUGAGCCUCAAAUGGGUUCUACUCAAUACCUUCAACGUCGGGGUCAAGACAUUUCUCUUCCCCCUGGCACCUCUCGCACUGGAACUCCCCCAAUACAUCCGACCAAAACCGUUCCUCUAUUUAUCAACCCUGUCAUGGUUCGUAUUACCGCUUCUCAACUUUAUUUCGUUGCUCGCGUAUAGGUUCGAUUCUAAAAACUACGUCAUCAUGAUUCUUUCUCUACCGGCUACCUUUCUCCUUGCAGUCAGAAUCUGGACAGUCACCCCUGGGCUUCAAACAAGAGUUGGAGUUAAUGCUCUCUAUUGUGGACACCUGGUCUUCUCCAUAUAUCUUCAACGCUAUGCCUGGGAUGCUGAAGGAUCUCAUUGGUUUAUAUGGUGUCAAUACUUGAUAAAAUAUAUCGCGACUGGCAUGUUUGGCAGCGCGGCAUUGCUGUAUGGCAUGGCCUGGAUAAGGCGACACACAUGGGUUUCCAGUAGAUUGCUAGGAGGGACGGGUAUAGAGCCUAUGGUACUGAUGAUGCCAGGAAGGGGACCCUUGUAUCAGUCUGUCGGAGAUGAGACUAGAGUGGGUGCGAUUCGGCUGGAGUAGAUGAUUCAUCGAGCUUGUGCAGCCCGAUCUUUCAUCACAAUAGGUCUCUCGAUCUCCUCUGUCCGCCUAGAGAUUGAAGUUUCUGUCCUGAACUCCAUCUUAACAAUGUCAUUCACCCACCGUUUUGACUUCCAGUUUAAUUUUCAACAACCAGAAUCGAGCCGUCUCAGCUUGAAGGCUAUCAUGAAUCCACUUAUGCCAUUACUUCGUCACACUUGUACUCGAAAGCUCUCUACAAAUCAAGCUGGUGUAGAUUGGUUGAGAUUCCUGCCUGAGCUCGUAAUUCUGAUUUACAAAAAGUGUCCUGUCUCUCAUUAGUUCAAGACCGACACGCUUAACGGCAGGGUGCAGAUGUGAAAUAUUCUAAGAUCAUAUUAGGUUUUAGAGCAAACGAUCUCUAACAC